UAAACUGCCCCCGCAGCAGCAGCAGCGGCGCGCUCUGAUUGGUCAGACCCGGGAGGACCUGGUAUAAAUACCAGGUGUGGGUCUGUGUGUCGGUACAGUCCGGAUCUGAUCCAGAACGACCUGAACUCUCCUCCUCCUCCUCCUGCUGCUCUCAGAGAGACACCAUGCUGCCAGGCUCCGCUCUGCUCCUGCUCCUCCUCGGCCUCAGCGCCGCCUCCUGCUUCGAGCUGCUGCCGGAGGAGGCCGCUCCCCGCCGGGCACGCUUCUCUGCAAACAGCCCGACUGAUGUGGCCAGAUGUUUGAACGGAGCCGUGGCUGUGGGCUGUGGAUUCUUCUCCUGUCUGGAAAACUCCACCUGCGACACGGACGGGAUGCACGAAAUCUGUGAACUCUUCCUCCACUCUGCUGCAGCCUUCAACACAGAGGGCAAAACUUUUGUGAAGAAAAGUCUGCACUGCAUCACUCAGGGAAUCUCAGCGAAGGUUUUCCAAACGAUCCGCCGCUGCAACAUCUUCCAGAGGAUGAUCGCUGAGGUGCAAGAAGAGUGUUACACCAGUAUGGACAUCUGCACUGUCGCUCGAACCAACCCGGACGCCAUCGGAGAGGUGGUGCAAGUUCCUGCGCACUUCCCCAACAGGUACUACAGCACCCUGCUGCAGACGCUGCAGGCUUGUGACGAGCAGACGGUGGCGGCGGUGAGGACCGGCCUCAUGGCGAGGUUAGGCCCAGAUAUGGAGACCUUCCUGCAGCUGGUCCAGAACAAACCGUGCGCCACGGGCUCCAACCCCGCCGCCUUCAACAACCCGUCCAGCUGGAGGAACAUGCCCGUGUUCAACAUCCAGCCCGGCUUCAGGGGCCGCGACCCCACCCACCUGUUCGCCAGGAAGAGGUCCGUGGACGACGGGGUUAACGGCGAGCAGUAGACGCCACACGCUCGCUGUCGCGCACGCUCACAUGCAAUCCACACAUGCAGCUUUCUACUCAGAUUAAUGAUUACCUUCAGAGCUUUAGAUGGUGAUUCGGGGCCACAGUUACUAUUAAAUAUGUUUUUAUUGGAGUGAUCUGCUCAGUCCGACUACCUGACAACCUGACUGAGCCGCUGGUGUUACAGACAUUUGGACAAGAAGAGGCCUACUACAGUGAUUAUAUUUAUUUUCUUAAACGAGUUAAUUUAUGAGGCUGUUCUAUUUAACGUAGUGAGAGGAUAAAGAGGCGGCGGAGGGCGGAGGGAGCUCCGCGCUGGUCGUGGAGCUCCUCAUGACUCCAGGUCACUUUAUAUUAGCUGUACGUGAUGUUUAAAUGACAAGUUGUGGAACAUAAAACCUGAGAUGGAAGCCGACUCGGCUGGUUGAAAUAAAUGA